CCUUAUAUUGUUUAGUGUUUCGGCUGUAGAGAAUGACUGUAAACAACCAUUGAAACAACCCUAUCUAGGGGGCAAAUAACACAUCUGAUUUGCUAGAUAUUUAAAAUGAGCAGAAUUGCGGGGCUUUUAAAGCGGACGUUUUGGAUAGUUCGUGAACAUGUAGGAUCAGACCAUCUCGGUAAUAACUAUUACAUGAUCCCUCAACAGAAGACCUGGACAGGAAGAAGUGUCCGUGCCAAGCGGAUGGUAGAGACUGCCAACCCUAACGAAUAUGAGUAUAUGGAAGGCAGCAUUCCUUCAGAGUGGGACGCUUGGAUCCGAGGCAGACGGAAGGAGCCCCCCUCCAUCGAGCAACCAUCGACAGCUGGACAGCGUUCAUGUGGCCAAGAUUGGACUCCCAGCACAUUACCCCUACCCCCUUGUCGCGCUCCCUCUUUUCCCGGUCCAAGCCGACAUAAAUUGAUUGGAUUAAAUCCUGUCAUUAACAGGCUGGAAAAGCAGCUCAGAGCUGCUGAAAAACGAGCGCUACAGAGUUGAGAUCAAACAGAAAGCCAGAGAUGCAGAUGAGCGGGACCUGCUACUGCAGAGUCAAGCAUAUGAAGAAGGGCUGCUGGCCACUCCCUCCCAGACCGCAGUCAAAGGUCACGCUUCCUCCACCAGCUUCGGCAAGCCGGAGAUCAGCGAGGAGCCAACCAGCGACGCAAACACCUUCCAGCCUGGCUCCUGGACGCCCAAUGCCA